AGCGGCGCGGCUGAGUCACCGCGGUGUGGAGCGGCGGCGAUGAGGCAGCAGCUGUGGAGGGCGGCGGCGGCAGCAGGAGCGUCCUGAGGAGCCGAGCAGCCCCGGCAGCGCCUGCAGCACCGCGGCCUGGAGCACCGCGGCCUUCCCGCCCGCCCCCGCCGCCACCAUGAUGGAGGAGAUAGACCGGUUCCAGGUGCCCGCCGUGCGCGCCGAGAUGCAGCCGCUGGAUCCAACCGCUGCAUCUAUUUCGGACAGAGAUUGUGAUACAAGAGAGGGAGAGACUGUAGCCAUGAACUAUAAGCCGUCCCCACUCCAAGUGAAAUUAGAGAAGCAGAGGGAGCUGGCUCGGAAGGGCUCUCUGAAGAACGGCAACAUGGGAAGCCCAGUUAAUCAGCAGCCCAAGAAGAACAAUGUGAUGGCACGGACAAGGCUCGUCGUUCCCAACAAGGGCUAUUCAUCAUUAGAUCAGAGUCCUGAUGAAAAGCCACUGGUAGCCCUGGAUACGGACAGUGAUGAUGACUUUGACAUGUCCAGAUAUUCCUCCUCGGGAUACUCAUCAGCUGAGCAGAUCAACCAAGACUUGAACAUCCAGCUGCUAAAGGAUGGGUACCGGUUAGAUGAGAUCCCAGAUGACGAGGACCUUGACCUAAUCCCCCCUAAAUCGGUCAACCCUACCUGCAUGUGUUGCCAAGCCACCUCCUCCACCGCCUGUCACAUCCAGUAGUGAGGCCGGCAGGCUGUGAUCAGUGCUUUCCACUAUAACUGUAAAACUUAACAGCCAUUGCUUCCUCCUAUGGUAGGACGUGCACCUCUUUGUGUUCAUAGAGCCAGGAGAAACCCAAAAAUUCAUUUUAUGAUUGAUUGAUAAGUUAUUUUAAACUAUGGUUAAACAAAAAACAAGUUGCUCAAAGUGCCAGGCAAUGCCGGACACAACUCACUGGUCUGAAAAGUGAAUGCAGAAGGGUCGAGAGAGCAUUCAGGGGAUUUUUGUAGGCACCAGAGAUGUUUUGUAAGGUGUUAGUUCCAGAACAGAAAGUUGGGCUACAGUUAAUCCUGCCAGCAAAAUUGAGUGAAUCUGAGGUGUCAAGGGGUUCUACCUGAGGUCAGUUCAUAGUUUAUUCACUAAGCGUGAUUUGAUCUGUGUCACCAAAAUUGCACCACAACAGGGGCACAAAUGUCAGCAAAGCAGGAUAUCCUUUCUUAUGGCAGCUGUAGCUAGGACUAACACAAUUCAUUCACUUGCAAAGAGGACGAAUAGGUGGCAUUUCACUGUGAGUCAGUACUAGCUAGAGCUGUUGUGUCACAUAUCCAGUGCAAUCUACCUUUGGCAUCACAUUAAGUUAUCACCAAACACAUCACAUUUGAUCUACAAUGCAUCCAUGCUCUGAGGGGAUUCAGUCUUUGACUGAGAAUGCCAUACUCAUGAAUUUAGUUCAGUUGAAUAUACUGACUUCAGCUUCUGCUUAAUUCCUGUGAGACCCAUUUGCUUCCAAAAGUCUCCAACUUUGUUCGACGAAGAAAAAAUGAAACCUGCUAAGACAGGAACUGAAGGUCAGUACCAAAAAAGCAAGCAGAAGAAAGCGUAUUUUUACAGAGCUUGACUGUUGAAAUUCUUUUGACACUGCAUCUCUUGGUGCCUGUGGGAGAGAUUUGUUAACCUUGUGGUGUCAGACAUUAAGGGAAUUUUGAGCAAUAGGGGGAUUAUGAGCAGAUUCAGCUGAAAAAAAA